ACAAAUAUGCAACACAUUUCAAGAAAAAUAACCUAAAUAACAACCCAUGUAUCCAACGGGGCAAAUAACUGGUUUAAAUUGAAAAAGGCAUAUUAAGCCUAAAUACUUGGUCGAGGAAAGAAGCGCAAGCUAAUAAAGGUCCCGCCUCCUCCCCCUCCCCUUUCCCUCCUCCAACAUAAGGGGAGAAGAAUGAAAACCAAAAAAAAAUAAAAUUAAAAAUUAAAAUAAUACAGUAAAAAAUAAAUAAAUAAAAAUCUCGUCAACUCCAAUGUUAUACGAGUAAUCCAUUCCUACAAAAACUCUCACUCCAACCAUCCUUCGUCGUCUUCCUUUCCGCCCUUUUCCUCCUCAUUUUUCCUCCCUCCUUUUCCUCAACAAAUUUCCUCCUAAUUCCCAACAAAACCCUAAUCAUGUCCCAAAUUUUCUUUCAAUAAUCCAAAAUUUCCCCCAAAAAAAUCACCAUUCCACCCCAAUUUCGUUUCAUCUUCUACAAUGGAUCAUCAAUCGUUAACUGGGUCAACAACCCUUUCAAUCGUUUCAAAACCAAAGGUUUACCGUCUCAUGAACGGUGGUUGCUGCGGCGGAGGUGGUGGUGCUGGCGGUGGACCCCCUAAAUCACCGCCGUCAAUCUGGUUCGAAAUCCGGUUGUUCUACGUUCGUAUUGCACCUUGCGCCAUUGACGCCGCACCAGAUUACCUCACCCUCCGACACCUCCGCGAUGAACUUGGAGUUUCCCUCGAAAUCAAUGGAAAUCGUGUUCCUGCUUCUGAAACGGCGUCGUCUACGCUUCGAAAAGAUCGUGUUGACAGAGAAUCGUCAGAGGUUACUUACGUUAGCACCGACAACGUUAAGAUCUCCGGCGGUGUGGAGUUUGAGGUUUGUGAGAUGGAUAAUUUGCUGCUUUGUGGGUCCUUUGGAAGGUUCGAGAAUGAGUGGAGUAUGGAUUGUUAUGCCGGCGGUUCGUCGCCGUCUUCGUCGUCGGCGUUUUUUCAGCCGAAAUUAGGGAUUUCUUCACCGUCGAUUGAGGUUUAUGUUGCCGGAAGAUGGUCGGAUACGCCGGUGAUAUUGACGAAGAUGAUCAACUUCAGUCCUCGGAGAAAGUCGCCGAGGUAUAGCACUUUGGAUGCGAUUCCGGAGGUUUCUGAUGAGACUGAGAAAGAUCAGAAGAUUGUUGCUGUUAAUGGUUUGAUUCACCGGAAAUUACAGAUCACUGAGUCUGAAGAUGAGUAUGAAGCAGAGGGAAAGUUGAUGCACAAUUGGUAUCCGGAUGAGGUUUAUGAAGGGGAGGAUGGCCAACUCACUUGGUUCAAUGCUGGAGUAAGAGUUGGUGUUGGUAUUGGUCUUGGUAUGUGUCUAGGAAUUGGUAUUGGUGUUGGAUUACUUAUGCGAUCGUAUCAAACCACCACCAGGAACUUCAGGAGGAGAUUCUUCUGAUUUUACAUGAAUGCUCCCUUUGCCUAAGAAAGGACUGCUGUAAAAAAUAGGAUUAUGUUGCUACUGCAGCCGGACUCCAUGCCGAUGGAUUAUAAACCCACAACACUAAUGUCUGUGUUUUCUCCUCAGAUGGAGGCUAGAAACUGUACAAAAUUGCAGUUAAUAUAAGCUAAUAAUAUCAAGCAGUCAAGACAGUCACCAAUCCACCACAUACUUUCAGAAAUUCCCGUGUAGCAAAGGUAUGAAUCAUUUGAGUGAAAUUUGGAGGUGAGUCUGUAUGAUACCAUGAGAAAGUUAAGAAAUCUGCAUUUCACAUUACUUUUUAGAUAGUCAUUAGGGUGUUUUGCAGUAUGUAUCCUAAAUCUGGAACCAUGAGACGGUGUUAAGCAUUGUCCAGGAAGGUGGUGUAUAAAUUGUGUAUCUGAGUAAGCAUGUUAGCUUCCUGCAUAUAUUGUUUCAUUCUGUAGAGAUAAGCAAUUUUGGCAUGUCCGUUAAAAGAGUGUAUAUUCUGUUUCACAGAAUUUGUUAAGGUUGAUGUCUUUGUUGUUAAAACAAUAAUGUGAGUGCCUCGUUUUCAUGAAUAUAUUUUAGCUUCGAUGUGUUCCAUUUCGA